GGGUCUGGCAACCAGGAGCAGCAGCUGUAGCCUACGCGGCGUGACGCGGCUGACAAGGCGGUGAAGGCGGUAGAAUUUGACGAAGAACACAGGUUUGUCGGCAGUUACUUCCUUCGAGAGCCCCUGACGGCACCUCGUCGGCAUGGCUGGAAUAUCGGCAGCCAACCUUCUGAAUUGCCGAGACGCCUCUAUGCUGCUAGGUGCAUUUAACAUGAUCGCCAACGACGACAACGGCGAGGUUAAGCAGUUGUUUUUCGCCCCCGGACGCCAGCGCCUCGAGCUCCUUCGCUGGGUGCUCACCGCCAUCGACCCGUCGGGAAAAACCGAGCAAGAACUGGGGGCCGGCGACGGGACUAGAGAGGCGCUGACAGAGCGCAUAUCGUCGGUGCUGAAGAGGCUGAACCCGGCACGCGCCCAGGACUUCGCUGCUUUCGCGGAAGGCACGGCCGCCGACAGCGACCAGACGCGCCUCUGGCACAUGCUUCUAGGGACGGCUGAAAUGGUCCAGAACUCCGAGGGUUCUUCGGCGUCGUCGACGUUUUCCAGACCGUGUUCCGGGAGCAUGACCUUCAAGCCCAUGGUGGCCUCCACGCCCAUGCCACAGGUGGGGCCAUCUGUGGUGUCGUCAUCCUCGGACAAGCGUGAAGGGAAGGCUGCCAAAUGUCUGUGGCAUUCUGACAAUGGAGCCAGACCCAGUGACAAGUCGACAGUCGCAGAAGAGGACCCUCUGGAUGUGCUGAUUAAGCAGCUCGAGGAAUCAAUUCGUGUCGACAAGGCAAUGUUGGCUGCCGCAGCCGCAUCACCGGAGCCCGAGGAGCCACCACUGGACCACCGGCUCUGUGCCAGCUACCGCCAGGCUGCCGAGCGACUCGUCAAGGCUGGCAAAUCCCUGAUGCAGGGGCCACCUUCUCAUCUGCCUCCUCUGGUGCUGGACGACAAAGACGGGAGGCUUGUUGCAGCUGCCAGGGCUUCCCUUGAGGCCCUAAAGAGUAACCUGUUCCAUGCAACACUUCUCAAUGCCCUCGAAGGCCAUGCAAAGAACAGGUCAUGCGGCACUCGGUUCAAGUAGAACUGAAAUGUAUUGCCUAUGUUGCAUUUAACUUUGUUGCACUUUAGGCUUGUAUUUAAUGUCUUAGAACUUGUGUAAAUCAUGUAUUUUACUUAUUUAUUUUUUUAAUGUAAAAUUGCAUGGGGAACUAUAGAUCAUAAAUUAAUCUGGCAGUUGAAAAAAGCUUUCCUAAACACAAGCUUAACGAGUGGGGUUGCCAUUUUUAUAUUGCCUUUCGUGUUACUUAACCAUCAAACUGCCUUCUUAAGAAAAUGGCACAUUCUCAAGCUUUUUGUCCCUGCUGCCUGCAUUUCUUGUCUAUAUUUAAGAAUUUUAAUAGUGAACUGAAACCAGGUCUUUUUGGAAACAGGAGGCUAUCUGCGAGGCCCCAUGCUCUGCCACUUUUAAGUUUGAGUUGGAACCAGAUUUUCACUGGAAGUGAAAGAACAUAACAGAAUUCAGCAGUGGUCUAAUCUCCAGAUCGAAUCCUAUGUUUGGGUUGUUUGUUUCUUUGGGAAAGCAGGGAAAAGACGGGGAAUGAGGGAGAUGGAAAUUCAAGACGAUGAGCAAAACGUGAACAAGGUGAAUGCAGGAAAGCAGUAAUUUGUGGCAGCAUUUAGCUUUUGUUUGUCCAUUCUUAGCAUUUUUCAUUUUUGUACAUAACACGACUGUUCUUACGCAUUUAAUCUAAAUUUCAACCUUCCACUUCAUAUGUACACGAAGUGCCUUAUUUACACAGUUGUGCACAGUUUUAAAAAACUAACUCUCUGCUUACAGUAAACAUGUUUUCACUGCUCUGGUGCUUAACACGAUCCAAGGCCAUCCCUGCCUUGGUAGAUAUGUAUGGAUAGUGUAAUGGUUGACCCACAUAAUUUGUCCCAUAACUUGAAUAUAUGCAAGUGUCACAUAGUUUCGCAGAACCUAGGUAAUGUUGUUUGCCGUCGCUUGCAGCAAGUUGGGCAAUUUUUUUACUAUGCCUAAUUGCAUAAUUACCUAAUUAACAUGAUUAGAUAUUAUGUUCAGAGCAAAAGUAUCAAUGAGAAAAUUGUAAACCAUUCUGAAAAAUUCCCAAUCCAGUUCUUGGUUGCUCAAUACGUGCUACGCAAGUUUUUCACAAGCCUGAAAGGAAGCCUGUGAAAUGAAAUAGGUGCUGGCACGUUCUUGCGCGAUACUUCUUUUGUAGGAAAACACUUUUAUGUAGCAUGUAUUAGGCAACAGAAAGCUGGAUCUGCAAUUUUUCAGUAUGGUCUACAAUUUUUUAAUUGACACUUUUGCUCUGAACAUAUUUAUGUAAUGUAGUUAGGCAAAAUACAAGAAAUUGUCUGGCUUGCUCCAAGCCACGGCAAACGUUACUUUGGUUCUGUCCAGCUACGUAGCAUUUGCAUAUUUUUACAUUUUGCCGCAAGUUGCAUGGGACAUGUGCUAUGUGUGUAUGCAGAGCGUUUGUACAUUUUUGUUCUGCCAUAAAAUAAAUACUUAUUUAUAAGUUGUCCUUAAUAUUAUAGCAAGCUCACAAUUUCUCAUUAGUUUUGGUGUGUGUUGUUCAUCUGUUGAAGUGCUCUUGCAACAAAUGUGUACACCUAGUGCCAAUUUUAUAACUAUUGUAAUAAAUUUUUUGACAACUA